AUGUCACGACCAGGCGAUAGGCUGAAUUCCAGUCAGCAGGAGAUGCAGUCAAUGCAGCAAAACCAAAGUACGAGUGAUGGAGAUAUUGUUCAGGGUGGCGACAAUAAUACAGAAACUCAAUUAGCAGUAAUGCAUCUUCAGAAAUUGUUUGAUGAGUUCGUAAUUUCAAAACCAAAACUGAAUGAAUAUGAAAGAGAUACAAAACUGUAUCAUAUGUUGCCACUGUAUUGCAACGUAUUCAAGAAAGUAAAUAAUGCACAUGGUGUAAAGGAUGCUCUUCUGAAAGAUGCAUCGAUAUGUAAUAGAAACUGGGAAUUUCAAAACGUACUUUGCUACGAGAUCAGCAACCUUUUAACAAGAGAAAUUAAGAAAAGGGCGUCUAACCAAAACACGGAAAAGGCUUCGAAAGCCAUAGCGAAUUUCCUCAAACCGCGCAAUGCAGAUACUAACAACGAAUCCGGUAGCGGUUGGCUUUUGCUAACGGCAAUCAGCUUAAUUGCCAACCGUAACUGGGACACUUCAUUGCAUGAGAUCAUGAUCAAUGCGUCGCUUCCAUCAACACUGGUUCGAUGCAUAUAUUUAUUUUUGGAUCUUCCCGAACAACAUUCGGAAUACUACACACAGCACGAUGAUUCAAACGGUCCAGAAUUAGAGAGUAGUCUACUUUUGUUCAACUGCAUUUCUCAGAUUUUAAUUGAACUUUGCAGUUAUCCGUUAGCUGCCGAAGAAUUAAUUCGCAUGGAUGAUUUAACAUUGUUAUUCUCUACUGUGACCACACAAUACACACCGUGCAACACUAAAUGGCGUUCACUGGCACGUAAUGUACUUCUUGUCAUUGGGCGACAUGGUUUGAAUGCAACUAUAUUGGAAUAUGUGCAUGAUAAAGGAUGCAUUGCGCUUUCUGUUGAUAACAUGCAGCGUUCGAUGAUGUUAAUUCCUGCAGAUACAGUAGAAAUGUUACAGUCGAUUUUAACAUUCGUGCAUCAUUCUUCAGAUAUUUCGCAAAUAUUACUGAACGAUUUUAAGCAGUGCCAUGGAUAUCAAUUUCUGACAGAUUUUUUGAUUGGAUUAGAUCAAGAUCGGAAAAACAUAAACGUUGACCGUGACAUAUGUAUAGAGAAAGUUUUGUCUACACUGAUAUCCAUGAUUGUAUCACUAUGUAGUUGUGGGUAUUUGGAUUCUACUCAGCUCUCUUCAUGGCAGGACAAUUCAGUAACACAACGCGUGCUUCAUGGGUUCCGUAUGCCAAAGAUACCCUCAAAGAAAUCGUGUGUGCGAAAUUUCAACGCUUUCCAGGUUUUACAAACAACAUUCCUCCGUUCAACGAAUGAUCUGUUAUGCAGCAUAAUUUUGGAUGCAAUAAUGCAGAUUUACCAGAACGAUGACGCAAACUAUUUCAUAUUGGAAUCACAGAACACAAUCAACUGCUUUGCAGAGAAAAUACACAAGAAAAAUGAUCCAGUUCAGACAAAAUUUUUCGAGCUAAUCGAAUUCAUCGUGUAUAGUAUAAACUUUUUUCCGCCAAGAGAAUUAAUUACCCUUUCGGUUCUUUUGAAAACUAAUAACAUGAUUGCAACCAGCAUAAAAAGUAUCCGUACAUUGCUGAAUAUUCUACGGCAUAACAGUGCUUUUAUCGAUGUUUUUCGCGAGGUGGGAAUUCUUGAAGUAUUCGUAAUAUGCAUGAAACGGUAUAAAGAUUUUUUGGAACUGAGCAUCGAUAUGAACACUUUACAACUUCAAGCCGAUGAGGAAAAAAAUGAAGCUACACAGGUGGCAUCCGGGGAAGAAGAUAUACUUGGGUGCCUCGUCCUGGAAGCGCUUGGGCAGCUAAUUAACGGAAACGCUAGCAAUACGGCUGUUUUUAAAAGUAGUGGUGGCAGCAAAUGCAUCUAUGAUUUGAUCAAAUAUAAUCGCUGGAAAAAUGAAAUUUUAAAAAUCGUAAGAGAAUUAGUAUCGACUGUUGGAGGCGAGGACGACAUGCUCAAUCUAUUAAAGACGAUUAAUGCAUCCUCAGAGUUCUCUACAACAUCUAUUACUAUACGCAUCAACGUGUUGCAACUUCUAAUAGAGUGCCUCAAAGAUAGUCAUCGAACGAGGGCUCAUUUCAGAAAGGUCGGAGGAUUUGUCUACGUUUUAAACGCGUUGGAGUUGUUGAAAGACCGAUUUGUUACCAGAAAUUCGCCAGACGAACCGGCGAAAGAGAAUGUAUUCCUACUUCGAGCAGUGUGCCAGACUCUGACAGCUGCCAUGCGUUUCGAGCCAGCAAAUGCAAAGUACUUCCAAAACGAGAUAGCAGAAAACCUGUUCUAUCAAACUAUUCGAGAUUUGGGUUGUUUUUCCAACAAUGUUACAUUUAAACCUCAGACUCAAAAUGCUGACCGCGAUGCUGACCAUGCUGGUUGUACUAGUGGAAUGCAUAAUGCAAAAAUCGACAGCCGUCUACUACUAGCAUACAAAGUUAUUUUUGCGAAAAAUAACGCAGAAAGCUGCAACACUGUAACAUUGCAGUACUUCUUAGCCGAAGUUAUAAAAUCGUUGGUUCGAAGUGAAAGAAAUCAACAGAUUAUGUGCGACCACGAGUUCAACCAUUGUUUGCUGAAUAUUGCCAAAGAAGUUUUCAUCGAUGAGCAGCAUCCAUUACACACAUCGUUGGAGUAUAUUUUUGAACGUCUUGCCGUACAGGCACUAAUGCCUAACACUUUACGAACGUUUCUUCGAUUGAAUUUACCAUCUAGAGACGAAUCGCCGAAUGAAAAUUUACGUAAAAUGGCAUCUAAUCCGGUUCCAUUAACACGUGUAAAAACUCUUGUUUCUAUCACAACACCCCGUGAUUUCCGUUUACAUGGUCCUACAACGCCACCGUCAUUCAUAGAGAUGGAUAUGUCUACUGAAGGAUUCGCCUGUCUAUUCUUUCCCAAUAUUGCCCCAAGACUGACGAGUGGAUCAUCAAACGCUCCACCUGAUACAAGCAAUGUUGGAGGUGUUGGAUCUGGAGAUCGGUCAUUCCCAGGAAUAAAUGGACUAACGUUUAGUUCAUGGUUUUGUAUUGAGAGCUAUCCAUCACGUGAGGACAAUCACCCGAUAAGAUUGCUACAUAUAAUACGCACCGCCGAUGGAACUCAAGAGAAUGAUAUGGUGGUUUUGGGUGUUGUAAUACUUGCACCUGAUAAAUCAAUGUUAGUUACAACACAAGAGACUCCGUUCACACAAGAUAACUACAAUUACUUCAACAAAGAGUUGCUAUCACCUGUUUCGUGUUCUGCAAUCAUCCAGGAAUGUCAGUGGCAUCAUGUUGUCGUAACAGUAAACAAAGUGUUUUCAAAAUCGUCAAUGCUUUCGGUUUAUUUUGAUGGCCGACUUAUACACACUCAAAAGACAUAUCCAAUCGUCAAAGGACCGACUGUCGACAAAAAUGUUGGAAGUUCUGUUCAUGCCUUUAUAGGAACACCACCAUUAUGGAGACAAUAUUCAAAGCUGAUUUGGAAACAAGGUGUCUGUCAUCUUAUCGAUGAUACUUUUGACGCGUCAACCGUUGCACGUGUCUAUAAGCUGGGUCCACAUUAUGUCGGCUCCUUCCAAGAUACUCGCUUAAGAGACACCGAAGACAUCCAUUCCUUAAUUUUAGAGAAUCGGGUGGCUUUCGGCGUUAACCCGAAAGCAUAUUCUCACAUGACACUAUUAAAGAUACGUAAGGUUUAUAAUCGAACAGACGCGAAGACAAUCGGUAAACAGCUUGGCAUGAGUUCACAUGAAAAUGCCACGCCCAUCUUAAUAUUGCACAACUCUGCUGUUCAUCUAACCGGACCGGCACGUACAUUGGGAGGUGUACUUAUCGGCUACUUAGGUAUUCGAAAAUUCAAUCCCUUUCCUGUGUCAAUGACCCUGAAUACGGUUGGUGGAUGUAGUGUAUUGCUUGGUUUGGUUGCAAUGUCACAAGAUGUUGAAAGUCUAUAUGCCGCUAUUAAGGCAAUGACGUGCAUUUUAAAGACUAAUGAAGGUGCUCGUGAAGAAAUGAACAACUAUCGUUACUACCAAACACUGGGGAUGUUGUUCAAGCGUAAAAAAUAUUUGCUCAACUCCCACAUUCUACAUCUUACGUUUAAUAUCGUUGGUACUGUACAUACUGGAUACGAAAAUUCAUCAAUACCAAAUAUAACAGCAUUCCAAGACUUGCUGUGCGAUUUCGAUAUUUGGCUAGACAAAUCAAAUGAUUUGAUACGUUCUCUGCUGGAACACCUGUUGGAAUUGGUAGUAGAGUCAAAUGCUAAAACGACCAACAUUCGUAUCCUCCAGGAUCUUCAGUGCCUGUCUAAAUUACUUUUUGUAAUUGAAUACAUCUCAGAAGAGAAUGCUCUGAAAGCCGCGUUUUCUUUAUUGCGUGUUUUACUAGGUCAUCAUUUGAAGUCUAACGAACUUUUGUUGUUUGGCCAGUACGUUAUCAACUGCACUCCAGAGCAGCAUCAUCUGAAACGUGAUAUGAACACAAGCCAGCGUGAACAGCUACCAAAUCGUUUUCUGAGAAUAUUGCACGACCUUCAUUUCAACUCUAAUAACACCGUUAAUUUACGGCUAUGCGAAGAAGUCACUCGUAUACUAGGACUUGACUGGAUAUUGGUAUUGAUGCAACCUCAGCUUGAUAGCUCUACGAUGAUAUGGGCAAUGCGUAUACUAGUGGUGCAUUUAUCCAUGGAAACUAUACGAGCACGAUUUCGUGAUAGAACAAAACACUCAGAAAAUGAGGGCUACUUGAAAAAUACAGGCGUGGUUACAAAAUCACGCAAUGCCAUUCUGUUACCGUCAACUCUUCGUCAAUCUGAGGAUGGCCUUUCAGGUACUGUCCCACCUACAGAAGCUUCUCAUAAAAAUGAUACCCCAGAAGGUGAUAUGCAACAAACAUCAAUCUUAAUGGGAUUUCCUUAUCUUGAGUGGUUGCUCCUUCAUCGAAGUGAUAUUCCUGAGGUUUAUUCGUUGUUAAUUGCAUUGAUCGUUGGACAUCCUGUUAAAUCAACGAUACUUCCAUCAAAAUGUCAAAAUCUCGAAGCAAUAUGGUCGUUCAUUUGGACGUCGCGUGAAGUUGUAAAACUACUAGUGUCGUUAUACAGACAUUUGCCCGAUUUCGCAUCAAUCGCUAUGAGCCCGGAUGUGAUAGCUUCGCUCAUAUGUACAUUUGAGGAACAACGAAAGCACUAUUUAUCUGAAAUCAUCCAUUUGCUAAUUCCACGCUUGCUGUCAUGCAACGUAUUUGAACCACCGCCCGUACUCAGCAUAACGCUGAAUACAGUUCAAAGUGGACACGUGUUAGACAACGUGUUUUAUAUAACAGGAAGAAUAGUUGACAAACUAUGGCAACGUAUGCUUGACUUGGAUGGACGCGAAGUUUUCGAUUACUGCAUAGGAAUGAUACUUCAAACUAAGCAAUGUGCCUCCAUUCCUGCUCUGAACAGAGUAGGAAGCACUAGUAGUAUCUACAGCAUUGGAUCACUAGAACCAUUGUAUCGCUCACUGAAUCGUUGCAUAUUGUAUCUAUUAGCAUAUCCUGCAGACCCUAAGGAUAAUACGUCAUUAGCGGAAGUACUUCAGCUAUUAAUUACCAACCGUUUACUGGUUUUCGGUGCAUGCAAUCACGAUCCUGAUUUCAUUGGGUGCCUCACCUACUGCUUGUUACAGCUACAUGAAGAUGAGAUAGGGGUAGACAAUGGUACACAACGCAUUGCUCUUGAAGCACCAAUAACACAUGCAACUGGAAGUACCUCAAUUUGGUAUAUGGACGAUUUGCUCAAUAAGUGCGACACAAGCGAUAACGCCAAAGAAGUGGAUCUACCAUCAAGAGAACAGACUUCGGAUCUACAAUCGGUACUGACAAUGUUAUCGUUUCGAGUAUGGGAAGAAUUAUACAUAUGCAAGAAACCGGUAAUUGAAGAAAUAUUCAAAGUGACACUUAUUCAACCGGCACGAAAUGCAAGAGCACCGGAUAUGAAGCGUACGAAACAACAAGUUUUUGAAAUGGCGUUGAAACAUUGGCUAGCAUAUGUGGCAGUGGAACGACGCACGAUUUCUCGAACUCAUUGUGACGGCCCAAAUAACAUUCAAUCAAAGAUACAAAAAGUUACUGGUGGCUUAACACGUCUUACAAGUCGUGCCAAGUUAAAGAAAGACAGCAAUCAAAAACGCUUGCGUCCCGAUGACUUGGGUGAUGUUUUGAUUGAAAAGCUAAACUCUGUUAAGCUCACUUUAGUGCGAGAGUACUGGGACUUCCGAUUAACGCAACAUAAUUAUACUUGUGCGCAUACAAAACGCUACGUUUAUGAAGACUGGUUACAAACAGAAGGGGAACUUAUUCGAGAACGUGCCAUUUGGGGACCAGAGUGUAGUGAUAAUUUAACAAAGUGGGUUCUGGAUAAUACAGAAGGCCCUUACCGGAUGCGCAAAAAAAUGCUUAAAAAUGAGCUAUUUCACAUCCAUUACCCUCCGCGAGACGCAUUGCAAACAAACGUUAGUAGUGAUCACCAACAGCAACGACAACUGAAAUUUCGCGUUGCUAUCAGCCAUGACAGCGCAAAAUACGCUGAUGUUAUGCGGCAGUAUCAUUGCAUGUUUUCUGAGCACUUUGAGUAUGAAGUGAAGUCACCAAAGCCAGGAAGUGACGUCACCAAAAAUAAUUUGGAAUUUCCAAAAUCUCCACGGUAAGAGAACUCGAAAGAUCUAGAAGGCGAUUGCUUAGAAAACGAAGAAGGCCUUUGUUCAUCAUUACCAGACAAUCAAGCUUUGUUACGGCUUUUAGAAGAGAAUGAAAAGGUUUCGCACAUCUUCCGAUCAGCGCGCAUACAGGGUUUGGAUACAUUCGAGGGGCUAUUUUUAAUCGGUAGGCAAUGCUGUUACAUUGUUGAUGGGUUCACAUUACUACGUAAUCGUGAAAUAAGAGAUAUUGACUCCUUACCUAAGGAGAGUUAUGAACCAAUCAUACCAUGUACUGCUCCAGCUGAAGCUCAAACGUUUCGUAAUAUACGCCGUUGUUCAAAAAUAUUGUACGAGGAUAUCCGUGAGAUACAAAAGCGACGAUACCUGUUACAGCCAAUUGCACUGGAAAUGUUUUGCUGUGAUGGACAAAAUUAUUUAAUAAGUUUUCCGUGUAAGGUACGCAACAAAGUUUUCCAAAAAUUAACAUCGAUGGCUACACAAAUCGCCGACAAAGCACAUCUAUCGGUAGCAGGGCAGAAACGCGCCGCAAAUGUAGAACAAUAUACAGGAUUGCUAAGUAGUCUAAUUGGAGAAGUUUCUGUAACACAGCGAUGGGUGCAAGGAGAAAUUUCAAACUUUCAGUAUCUAAUGCAUUUGAAUUCUCUGGCUGGGCGUUCGUAUAAUGACCUUAUGCAAUACCCAGUUUUUCCGUGGAUAUUGUCGAACUACGAUUCGGAUACUUUAAACCUGAACGAUGAAAACAAUUUUCGUGAUUUAACAAAACCAAUGGGAGCACAAUCUCAAGAACGUCUCGAACAGUUCCAAAAACGAUUCAAAGAUUGGGAUGAUCCUCUAGGCGAGACACCACCCUACCACUAUGGUACGCAUUACAGUUCGGCCAUGAUUGUUUGCGCAUAUCUGGUUCGGUUAGAACCGUUUGCCCAACAUUUUCUACGGCUGCAAGGCGGACAUUUUGAUCUGGCUGAUCGAAUGUUCCACAGUAUCAAGGAAGCUUGGUACUCCGCAUCAAAACAAAACAUGGCGGACGUUAAGGAACUGAUACCAGAGUUUUUUUAUUUACCCGAGUUUUUAGAAAACUCUAAUAGUUUUGACCUUGGUACAAAACAAAAUGGCGAAGUGUUAAACGAUGUAAUACUGCCGCCAUGGGCAAAAAACGACACGAGGGAGUUCAUAAGAAUGCAUCGCGAAGCCCUUGAAUGUGACUACGUCAGUCGUCAGCUUCAUUUGUGGAUCGACCUAAUUUUCGGAUACAAACAACAAGGCCCGGCAUCGGUUGAAGCUGUGAAUGUGUUUCAUCAUUUAUUCUAUGAAGGAAAUGUGGACAUAUACAACAUCGACGACCCAUUGAAGAAAAAUGCUGCUAUAGGAUUCAUAAAUAAUUUUGGGCAAAUACCUAAACAGUUGUUCCGAAAAGCUCACCCUCCGAAAAGAAUGGCUCAAUUAAAAUAUGCGAAUAAACUGGGUAACGUAAGCCCUCUCAUACCGCCGUUGUCAUCACUAGGAGGCAUGACUGCUAAUAAUAGUGACAAAUUUUUCUUCUACCACCUCAAUGAUCUAGCACCGAGUGCUCAACCUAUUAAAGAAGUUUCAGGUCCUGUUGGUCAAAUAGUUCAACAGGAGAGGUGCAUAUUGGCUGUCGAACAAAAUAAAAUGCUUAUGCCGACUUCAUAUAAUCAAUACGUGGCAUGGGGUUUCGCUGAUCAUUCGAUACGCGUUGGUACUUACGAUACCGAUAGAGUAAGUUUUGUAUGCGAAAACAUCCACCAAUGUGGCGAGGUACUUUCGUGUACAUCUCCUGGAGCAAAACAGCUUAUCCUAGGAGGAACCAGCUCGAUUCUUUUGGUUUGCAGUUUUGAUACGAAACGUAAAAAAAUAAUCCACAAGAAAUCACUUUUUGGCCACACAGAUGCAGUUACUGCACUGGCGUCAAGCACAGCCUACAAUAUUAUUGUAAGCGGAUCGCGCGAUCGUUCUGCGAUAAUAUGGGAUCUUUGCCGUUUAAAUUACGUUCGACAGCUGGUCGGGCAUGCUGGAGUUGUUGGUGCAGUUAGCAUAAAUGAAUUAACGGGAGACAUUGCUACCUGUUCUGGUACUCGGUUAUAUAUUUGGUCAAUCAACGGAGUGCAGUUGGCCGUAGUUAAUACUAGCACGGGAAGUUCCGACCGUAUGCAGCAAAUUCUAUGUACAACAUUUUCUACUACAAAAGAGUGGGAUACCCACAACGUCAUUAUAACUGGAUCUACUGACGGCGUAGUGAGGAUGUGGUCAAUGGAUUUUGUCGAAGAUGCUAAAAGAACCAAAGAGAAUAAGGAUCAUAAUGUGACGAAGAUAAAGCCAGGCGAUGACUCUUCCAACACCACUCAGUAUUCUGGCACAGAUAAUAAUCGAUGGAAUAGAAAGUUGCUGUUAAGGAAAGAAUUAACAGCGCACACAGCAUAUGACCGAAAAAAUAACAGUGAACCAGCCAGUGUUACAGCACUUGCAAUAUCGAAAGAUCAUCAAUGUGUUUAUAUAGGUGAUGCUAGAGGCCGCAUUUUUGCUUGGACAGUAACCGAAUCAGUGUUAUCUCGCGGCGUGAACAUGAUGAGCGGCCGUCUUGGAUCGACAAGCGAAGGCAUGGGAUCACUUUUGCAUCAGUUUUCGAUGGAUCGCAAUGCUGAAUAACCAACACAAUUUUUUGAAGCAUUGCCUCAAAGAAACAUGCACAUUUUUGUUAAAACGAAUGCAGAUUAUCAGACAUACACAUAGUUGUUGCCUUAUAAGCCAUCCCAUUGUUAGUGUAAUGUUUCCAUAUAACACUGGUUGAGCUAAUCCAUAGUAACAAGCAAAUCUAAUCCAAGUGAAUCCAUAGUAAAUGUGAACAUCGUACAUAUACAUAAAGAAAUUUUGUUGAAAUAUGUUGUUUUCGUUUUGUUAACGUAUGUAGACGGAACACCAACCUAUGUUUAGUGAUGUUAUUAAUCAAUUUAAAUUGAUAAACAAACUGAUCAUAUUAAUCUGAUCAACUAUGACUCGUUGACAAGUUUUCGUGGAGGUUGUGAAUCAGCACCAUUUAAAAUAACCCUUUCAAACAGAUUAUUUAUCGUACUCACUGCCGCAGUGAUAUCGUUUCUCCCUAUAGAUUUAGUCGCCGAAUAGUGUCAGCGGUGGAAAAGAUGCAGAAAAGGAGUAAAAGGUGGAAGUAUAAAACAUAAUCAGGCGUAGUGUUUAAAGGAUUAGCUCUCAAGAAUGAUUUUUCGUACAAUGUCGCCGUACGUAGAGUAUUCCCUUACCUUGUUAAUCAAAUACGAAAAAACGGGUUUCAUUGAACUAUGUCUGCAUGCGACAUGCUUUAUCAAACCUUUCCAUCCUUUUUUUCUCAUUUUUUUUCACUAUUUCCAUAAGCCUGUAAGCUUUCGUUCCGUAAUUGUAAUUUUUUUAAUGUUUAGUUUCAAUGUAAUGGAAAACUUAUCGCUAGAUGUUAAUACAAGUGUCGUAACGUAUUCUUAAAUAAUAAAAACAAUAAUAAAAGUGUUGUAUAUUGGUUAUGUAUUUGUCUAUGUUUCACAGUCAACCGAGCUAGCAAUAUUAAAAAAAUCAAAUUGUGCAAAUUAUUGAAACACGUGUUAGCGUAACUAGUCAGUGCAGAUUAAAACACUUCAUAACACUAGAUGACCAAAAAUCAAUGUUAAAAUUCUGUGGGUGACCAUUUUUUCUAAAAUUAGACUAACUAUGUUGUUCUUAAACAAUUUUUUUAGCCAAUUAAGACAUAUUGUAAAUAUCACAUAGACAACUGUACGAAAGUGUUCAUAGGUGCGUGAAAUUUGAAUAUGUACAUUAUAUGACAAUACUUCUAUGUAAACCGUGAUA